GGCAUUUGUAUACUUUGGCGGUGUAAUUUAUUCGGCAACCCACUCCAUUCCACAACUUCGCAGGACGUGAGGCAUCAUGGACAACAAGGACGACCAGGACGCCGAGCACAAGUCAGACGAGGACGAGGCGAAGAAAACGACGCAGCGGGUCGGUCCGCGAUCGAUGCUGGAGGGAACCGAGGACGACAAGGUCGAAUACCGAUCCAUUUCGGCCAUGUCGGCUGCCGCCCCACCAGCGUUUGGCCGGUCGUUUGGUCACAUGCACGGCCCGGCGCUCGGUCUGCCGGCGCCAUUUAGCAUGCGCAAAGCUGCUUCUGCCGUGCCGAAAGCGUCCCAGUUCGCUGCUGUGCCUGCUCCAUCGACCAUUCCCAUGUUAGACACAACCAGCUACGCGAAUACGUCUGUGAAGCCCCUUCCCGCGGCCCCAUUCCGACUGGAAUUACAUUCCCAUUUCCACGUCAAGAACUCGUCCGUCCAGCGUGUAUGCAUGGUGAUCGGCCAAAAGCUGUUGGACCUCGGGACUGACUUUGUGUUCAAGCCUUUGAAGGGCAAGUGGAAAGUGUCGAAAGUCGACGGGUCUAGCAUGGUCGAGUUCAAUGUGGCGCUGUUCAAGACAGGCGAGGCCGAGCACGUCGUCGAAUUCCAGCGCCGACAAGGCGACAUUGUCAGCAUGAUGCACCUCUAUGGCGAGGUCGCCCAGGCGUGCAAGAAGCAGCAGAUGCUCACGGGGGCCGGCGCGUUGAAGCCGCUCAAACACACACGACCUGCCGCCUCCCCUACAUCGCCGCAAUCCGCGCCAUGGAGCACGUCCGAUGACAUGAAAGCCGCUGUCCAGAGCAUCCAUCAAAUGAUGGCAAGCCACCAUCACGACGUUCAGAUCCAAGGCAUCCUCGCGAGCAUUUCCCUGUCGUCGGUCACGUCGACCUACCGCGACUGCUUGUCCCCCCUCGUGCCGCUCUUGGUCUCCCUAGCCCAUUCCACAGUGGACCAGGUCAAGCGGUGCGCGUCGUUUGCCCUGGCCCGCCUCUGCAACGACCCCGAGUGCCGUCGCGCAUUCAUGAACUCGGACGGAUGGGAGCUGGUCGUCAAGCUAGCGGCGGGCGGCGCCGGCAUUUCCUUGGACUGCCAACGGGAAAGCCUGCAUGUGCUGGAGAUUCUGUGUCCAUUGUACUCGCAUGAACUGUCGGAGGCCGACGGCGCCGCGGCGGUGCUAACGCUUCUGCAAGACUGGCAGUCCAUCCCCGAUCCCCGACUCAAGAAACAUGCGUGCGGCGCCCACCACGCAUUAAAAGCUGCCGGCAUGUUAGCACAGUAAUUUACCACCCUAGGAGUUUAGAACAAAUAGUGUGGAAACAGCAGCAACACCCCUCGGUCCAAUGGAAGACGUCGAGGGGGGUCAGUCAGUCGCUACGUUAGCAGCUACGGCUUUGGAAAACCAAUGAAAGCCAACUUUCAUAUCUUG